CCACAUCCGGAGUUUUCCCUUCUGCACGGCUUGCUUGCAGUUGAUAGCUAAAUUGCGCACAGGAGACACUUUUAAACAGCAUAGCCGUAAUUGCAGCACUUUGGGGAAUAUCUUAUGCGUGUUUGAUAAAGGACAUAUCCAUUAUUCAUUUCUGGUUCAAGUUACUGAGAAAAUACAAAUAAUUUCAACUGGUAUUUUGGAUCACAUUUUGCCACUGAGUGCACACUGGCCAAAAAGAUAAUGUCCCGUUGUUGAAAAUGGGAGGCAGCGGCUCCAAAACCAAAAGCUAUUGGCCAUUUUCUGGUUCUGGUGGCGGUGAUGAACAAGCCAAAGAGGGAAAUGAUCAGUCAUUGGCACGCCCGCGAAGUUUCAGGACUGCAACUCCCUUCGUGUUUACCAGACGAAGCUCACUUUACUAUGACGAGGACGGAGACCUGGCCCACGAAUUUUAUGAGGAAAUCGUGGUGACAAAAAAUGGUCGGAAGAAGGCCAAAUUGAAACGGAUUCAGAAGAACCUUAUAUCUCAGGGAAUGGUCAAGCUGGAUCACCCUUGCAUCCACGCAGAUUUUCCAGUGGUCAUCUGUGAGGGUUGACGAAGGAGAAGACCUGCUACUGACCAUGUAGAUUCACCCAAUAUCCCCCGUCCUCUUUGCUGAACCCCCGCCCCCACUGUGACAGACACUGGCAGUGGUCUUUCUAGAGAAGAAGAAGGAGGAGGAGGGGAAGAAGAGGAGGAGGAGGGACUCCUCCCUUUGACGUAGCUGGCUGAUCUGGAGCCUGUGGAACUCUCUGCAUGUGAACUGUGACAUGGGACAAAACUAUAGCUCUGGAAUUCUGCUUAUGGAGACCGAGGAUCUGUGAACACUGAUGGAGACCUGACUCCUCUCUCCCUGCCAUAUCUUAGCUAGAUAUUGUUAGGCAGUGUGUAUGUUUGGUUUGUGAGUGUGUGAUUAUAUGUCUGUGGAAAUUAUGUUGCAUUGAUUCACUUGAGAUGAGUGCUAUUCUACACAUACCUUUAUCAUUUCUAUCUUGCUCUAUCGAAUGUCCUAUAAUGCUACAUUAUUUUUUGAAACGCUAAGAAUGUAUGGAAUCAUGUUUCGUUGUUUUCUUUGUUCUCAUGUGGCCAUUUCAAUAGUGAGCGUUCAGUGCAAGGGAUAUGUUCUGCCAAAAAAAAUCUUGUUAGCCUCUAAAGCAACUGUGGGAUUUCUUUGGUCAGUAACUUUGGUCAGAAUACCUAAACAUUUUUGAUUGUGCAUGUUUUCCCAAAUGAAGUUGUUGCAUCAUCCUCUGAGUUUUCUGGCAAAAUAGACAAUCCAGGUGUAACUGUGUGCUUGAUCGGAAGUCACGUCAGAAAUAUUUUUUCUCUGGUCUUGGCAGCCACACGCACACAUACAGACAUGUAGAGAAGUCGCCAUGAGACCACAUGAGCAGUGUCACUGGUCUGUUAAUAUCUGUGUGUAAUUUGGCAGAAUUUUAUUUAUUGUACCAAUUCAGUUUUGUGCUGCAUUGAAUUUGUUAAAAAAAAGAACCCUUAAGACA